AAUGGCAUUCAAGUUUGUAGUCCUCGCUGCCCUCGUGGCUGUUGCCAACGCUGGAGCCAUUGGGGCUCCUUUGAGUUAUGCGGCUCCAGCUCACUUGGCAUACGCAUCUGCUCCAGCUGCAUAUGCUCAACCAAUUGCGAAAGCAGUUGUGGCCAAAACUGUUGACACCGAAUUCGACCCUCAUCCUCAAUACAGCUACGCCUAUGAUGUCCAGGAUGGUUUGACCGGUGACUCUAAAGGUCAGCACGAAACCCGCGACGGAGACAUUGUCCACGGCAGCUACAACCUCCUCGAAGCUGACGGCACUAGACGAGUUGUGGAUUAUACCGCCGACCCAGUCAAUGGUUUCAACGCAGUCGUUCGCAAGGAACCAGCGGCCGUAGCUGUCAAGGCUGUCGCUGCAGCCCCAGUUAUCAAGGCCGUCGCUCACGCACCAGUUGCUUAUGCCGCUCCUCAAUACGCCCAAUACGCCGCUCCAGCCGUUGCUGCCGCUCCUGCUCUCUACGCAGCUCCUGCUUUGAGUUAUUCCACUCCAGCUCAAUUGGCAUACGCCUCAGCACCAGUUGCGUAUGCUCAACCAAUUGCAAAAGCAGUUGUGGCCAAAACUGUUGACACCGAAUUCGACCCUCAUCCUCAAUACAGUUACGCGUAUGAUGUCCAGGAUGGUCUGACCGGAGACUCCAAAGGCCAGCACGAAACCCGCGAAGGAGACGUUGUCCACGGAAGCUACAACCUCCUCGAAGCUGACGGAACUCGACGAAUUGUGGAUUAUACCGCCGACCCCGUCAAUGGAUUCAAUGCAGUCGUUCGCAAGGAACCAGCUGCAGUAGCUGUCAAAGCUGUCGCUGCAGCCCCAGUUGUUAAGGCCGUCGCUCACGCUCCAGUCGCAUAUGCUGCUCCUCAAUACGCUCAAUACGCCGCCCCAGCCGUCGCUGCCGCUCCUGCUCUCUACGCAGCUCCUGCUCAAUACGCUCCAGUUGUGAAGACCGUCUCUCACGCUCCAAUUGUCGCUCAGCCAGCUCUUCAAUACGCUCAUGCUCCAGUUGCAUACGCAUCUGCGCCCCACUACGGAUACGCUGCCGCUCCCGCUUACUACCACUAG